UUUGUUUUUUUUAAGCGGAGCUUCCCCGCCACUUCUCCCUCACUUUUCCCCCCUUUAUCACCUCUCCUUCUCUCUCUGUCUCUCUCUGUCUCUCUCUCGUUUAGCGGCGAUGGAGACCAAACCUUCGCUAGUUGAUAACAUUAAAGGGAUCAUGAAAUCGGGGGAGGAGUUCGUCAAGGGCGCCUUCCUCAGGAUCUCCGACUCUCCCAAUCACAACCCGAUUGAGAUAUUAAAGCGCUUGCAACGAGAAGCAUUCUCCGACCUAAUGAAACUUAGGGAUAGGCAGGACAAAGUAGAAAGUGUUCUUUCCUUCUAUAAAUUUAGCAAAGGAUUUCCAUUCCAGGAAGCUACUACACGAGUGAAAGCAGUCAUCGAUGUGGUCGCAGCAUUGCCCUAUGUUGAGGAUGAUUUUCUUCAGGCUAUGGGUAGCCUUGAUAGAACUGGAACUAAAACAGGCAUCAAUACCAGAUUUAUUUUCGAGACGGUGCUCAGGCAGAAAGAUGCCUUAGUAGCAGAGCUGACAACCACUCAACAAAGAACGGCUCAUCAAAGCAGGAUAUUCGAGAGCCCUCUAUCAUUGACUACGCUAAUGUAUUCCGCAAAUAUCAACUAUUGGCUCUCGUUAGUUUCAAUUCCGUUGGGUGCUCGAUGCACUAAUUUUGCCCAGGGGCAUAAUAUUGGGGGGUUUUCUUCAGAUGGACCACCUUCAUUUAACCAGUAUCAUAAUUGCGCUGCUGGUUUGACUGUUAAAGGGAUUAAUCUUUCGGCUUCUCUAGCUGCAUUGGCUUCUGGGCCAGCAACCCAACAAGCUACUGCUGGCAGUAAGUGCUGCUUGGCGACAUUCGGGCAAGUUUCUUAUCACCCCAUUGACGGGUUGAAAAUAACUUUAUCUGGCCUCUGGCAAAUAUAUCGAUCCUCCCCUCGGCUAGCCAAACUUGGAUCACUUGCUAUUCCGCUGGGCCGGUUGAGAGAGCAAAAAACAUCCGAGGUAACGCAGAAUAUUGCUGACAAUAAUUCAGCAGGAACUAUCGCUGUGAUGUUAGAUUCGGAAUUUGACGAGAGCACUAAAAUUAAGGGUUGGUUCGAGGUAGAGAAGAGUACCGCUAGAUCUGUGCGAUGGGGUAUGUCUAUUUUCGAUACCCCAGAAAAUGAGCUGGGAUGGGGUUUGAGAAUGGGGGGAAUGGGGAAGGGGCAGUUGAAUCACUUGCACUUGGGAGGAUUUCUGAAUUUUGACCUUGGUAGGGGGGCGAAGCUGCAGCCCGGUGUUGUUUAUGUGAUGGAGGGAAGAAGUCAUUUUCCGGCUUUAGUUUUUGAGUCUUCUUGGUCUAUGUGACCCUGCCCAGGAUACAUAACACCUUAUGGCCAUAAAUCUGUCGUCAUAAAACUUUGUUAACUUUUCUCUGUACUACGGGCACACAUGAUGGCGGAAGCGAGAAAAGGAAAGGUGGGUUUCAUUUUGAGAUGUGUUUGGGCGUCAAGUGUUUUGAUUCAUCCCGCAAUGAGUGUCUCACAUGUCAGUGUUGUUCUAUUACUUACUGUUGUUUCACUUUUUGAAUAUUGUUUCUUUCUUUUUAUUUAAUAUUUUUUCCUUUGAAUUCUCUCUCGUAUCGGUCUUUGAAUAAGCUGUGUGGUUACCCUGGAAGAUAACUAUUUAUGAUCGUGCAGCUUCAGGCUUUUGGCACAUCUCAAUAUAUAUAUAUAUAUAUUUUUUUGUUUA